GCGCGAAUAUCUGAAGCCUUGAGCUGCGUCAGGGUCCCGUCUAUUCUGGGCUGUAAACUAAUAGUGGAGUCAGGCACAAGGCUCACGACAGAUCCACUCUCACACGUCGCAGGGAUUCACAGCCCCUCUGUUGUUGAGCGGAGGGGAUAUUUAAAAAAAAAAGAAAAAAAUCUGUUUAUGAUUACACAGAAGGAAUUUUUUUUUCUUCUCUUGUUUCAGCAAGGCCACAAGUAAACAUUUUAGCAAGACAAACUGCGUUGCGGAGCGCGUAGUUCAGGGCCGCCCUUCAGACCCUGUGUGGAGUCCUAAUUAAAGAGCUGAACUUUCCCAGUAUUGGAGCCAGGAAGAGGGGUGGCUUUGUGCAGAAAGGCAGGCUUGGACCGGCGCUACAGGAACGCAGCGAGCCUCCACAGCCUCCUCAGCCAGCCAGCUGUCGUGCCCUGCUUCUUCUGCCUUUUCUUGGAACUGUCCAUCCUUUUUUUUUUGUUUUUGCUAUUUUUUUUUUUUUGUUUUCAUCACAGAACUGCAGCGGUGAGAUAUGUGCCUAUCAGCAGGGUGCACAUUGCUGUCCUGUGUGGCUGUCACACGCUUGGAUCGACGAGGGGUGUGGAGUGACUGAGGCACCACCACAGUAGAGCGCAGAGGAAGACAGCACAGCAAACAGGGUGGCAGGACACCUCAGACACAGGCAUGUCAGUCAAGCUGCACUUCUCCAUCCCAGUGGAGGGCGCCGGAGUCAAUCGGAGUCGCUCCUUUGCUGGCUUCAGUGGAGUCCACAGCAGGAGGGCACAGGCUCCUUUAUCCAAGAUGACUUUUCCAUACGCAGAAGAUCAGCCAGGAAGUAGAGCAGCGGCACUGAGCGCCACAUCAAGACACAGAGAAGAGAAGCAGCAGAGAGGAGGGUCCUACUCCGUCAACAGGAGCUCUGUGAGGUCCAAAGUGUCCCUGCAGAAGUCCCCAAGGAUGCAGUCCGGCUCCAGUAAGGCAGCACUGGCCCGGGACCAUCAGCCACAGCAAGUGGAGAGGAUAUUCAAGGCUUUACAGAAGGGCCUAAAUGAGUACCUGGAAGCCCACCAGAUGGAAUUGGACUUCCUCGCUUCCCAGCAGAAAGACACCAGAAGGAAUUCCAGACUGGCUUUUCUCUACGACUUGGAAAAGCAAACAAGGGCAGCUGAGAGGUAUAUCCGGAGGCUGGAGUUUCACAUUAGUAAGAUCGAGGAGCUUUACGAGUCAUAUUGCAUUCACUGGCGCCUCUGUGAUGGGGCUCAGAAUAUGAAGAAAGCCUUCUCAAUGCUACCAUCUACCAAGGCGUCACGGGAGAGUCUCCUGGAGCUCAGCAGGAACUACAAGGAGUGUAUGGAGGACAUGUGCUUAAUUGAAGGAGCCCUUGAAAUCCUCCUAGGCGAGCUACACGUCAGCAUGAAAGGACUGAUUGGCUUCGCCCGACUGUGUCCCGGAGAUCAGUAUGAGGUUUUAAUCAGACUUGGCCGCCAGAGAUGGAAGCUGAGGGGAAAAAUUCAGACAGAUAACCGUCAGACGUGGGACACCGAACGGAUGAUCUUUCUGCCUCACAUCCAUGAAAAUUUUGAAAUCAAGGUGACAGAACUCAGGGGCCUCAGCACCAUUCUUGUUGGUGAAGUGACAUGCGAGAGUGUGGAUUUCUUCUCUGCCCGAAAUCAGAUCAUGGUUGUGGACAUUACAGAACUGGGGACCAUCAAGUUACAGCUGGAACUUGUGUGGAACCCAUUUGACUUUGGAGAGACUGACCUACUGAGCAGCUCGGCCAGCAGGCUCUCAAUAUCCAGCAGAAAGGGAUCACUGUACAACUGGACCCCACCCAGUACACCCAGUUUCAGAGAGAAAUACUUCAUUUCUGUUGUUCAACAGCUCCAUGACCCAGAUGGAUCCUUUCCUCUAACUCCCCGUGACACAAGAGGAAUCUCAAUCCUGGAUUACCUAGCAGACAGUCCACAAGAAUCACUCUCUCCCAUCUUCCUCAAACACAGAAAGAAUUUUGAGACUUCCAGUCAAACUGUUUUCUCCCCCAACAGCAGAGAUGAACCGCAGGCAAAUGGCACUGGAUGGCAAACACGACUCUCAUCUGGGGGCUGGUCGGAAGACUCCUUAUCCAAGGAGGAAAGCCAGUCUGAUAUCCUGUUACCUCAGCAGCGGUACGGCACACCUGAUAUUCUAAAAGAAAAUGGUCUGAAGGCUGAUGGCUACACCUCUAGUGGUCAAAUCUCCACAAAACAGCUAAAAUUAGAAGAAGGAACAGACAAAGGCAAAAACAGCCGAGACACACAGGAUAAGAGCGGGCACAGCCUUUCUGGGCUGCUACAAGAUGUGUUCGAAGCUCUGAAAAGCCUGCAGAAGGAGGACAGGACACUGAAGCGUUUGGAAAAGCAGACUCUGUACUUCAGAGACAUUUUGAAGAGCACCCUCUAUGUGCACCAGACGUCAUCCACAGAGACUCUGGCAGUCGAAGAGGUCCUAGAAAGCUUUGACUUCUUGGCAUCCGAUUUUAAUGCUGAUGAGAUGUCCUGUCAUGGGAGUGUAAGAGUUCGAGACCCCAGGAGUGGAGCUCUCCAGGCUGGCACUCUUAGAAGCCUCCAACUUGGCUCAAAAGAUUCGAAAUCUGCCCCAAGUAAGACAGAAAGUGUAUCAUUGACUACAGGCAACGAAAGUUUAGACGUGGCGCUCGUGUGUCAUCUGUGGGUUUGUAAAGUUCUUUUACAGCACCUCAAGAGCUCAGACUCCAAACUGGUCCAAGAUGUUCUCCUGGAGGAACUUUCUUUACAAGCGGAUGUACUGCAGAAGAUAAGCAGGCUGUCGAUGGACACAACUGAGAAUGGCUACUUUGCAAAGGAAGUCAUCCCAAAGUCACAGCACCUGAAACCACUGCUUGCCUUGUGGGAUGAAUGCGCUGGAUCCACAGCUGUCUUCCACUGCUCAACAGAGAAGCUGCUAAAACAACUAAAGAAGCACUUCAUCCAUAAAGUGAAAGCCAAAGAGCCGGGGCAAGCUGAUAAAGUGUUCAAAAUGCUCCUCGAACAAAUGCUGACAUGCUGCAGGAGAGUCCCAUCAGCCACCUACUCAGAGGGUGUGAUAAGCAUCUUCCAGUUCUUCAGCUACUUAAAUGAAAGCAGCGGUGUCGAUUUUGGAGAACAUCUGGCCCAACUCUCUAGAGAAGUGCAGCUCCUGGAAGCUCUGGGAAGCCCAAAGAGACGUAAGGCCCUUAAGAAGCUGAAGGGGAAGAGAAUCACUCAGCUGCAGCCACUCGCUCACACCUUGAAACUUCUGGCUGCUCUUCAGGUCGACGGGAACCACAAAGUUGCCAAAGCAGCCCGUUCAUGCCUAGCUAGAGGCUCAAGAAUCCGGACCUUCAAAGCAAAGGCAUCGGUUUUUUACACAGAGGUUUUGAAAGACAAAGACAUGAGAGUGCAGCUGGCGGCUUGCUGGGCCCUGAAGCAUCUCAAAGCUGUGGAUAGCCUUGAUCAGAUUGUAACAUUGUGGCAUUCAGAAGAUGAAGACCUCCGUGGUGCUGCCAGAGAGACAGUACUUUCAUUCGGCAAAAAAGGACAAGUGGCUUUUUUGAGAAUGGAUAAGAUUUGCUGUGAGCUACAAGAGGAGCCCUUCAGAAAUGCAGACACUGAAAUCACCAUUCUGUGAGUGCUCACCGAAGACCCACCCUGCUCCAAACUCAGAGCUAAAAUGACAGUAAUGUAUCCUGCUGGGAAUUAAUAUUUGUCAACAGGCCUGGACCAGUGGCAGCAUAUGUUACUGGAGGCAUAUGUGUGGCAUCAUCAAAGAACAAUUACAGUCAUUAAUGAACUGCUAUUAUUUUAUUAUCAUCUGUACAAAGUCCGGGUUUACCGAUUUUAUGUUGCCAGAGAAUGUUACUCUCCACUGACCAUCCUAAGACUGGAAAUACUUUGGAUUGAGCACAAGAGACUCUAGGAUUGACUUCUUGGGCAAGCUUGGUCGCUUAAAGCAAUGGAUUCUUAAUAAACGGCUUGUGCGUGUGCACAGAUUGUUGGGGGCUUUCUUUUCCACAACCACUUUAGUGAGCCGUAAGCUACUGAUGAUUGUUAUGGGAACCAAAAACAGAUGAAACCAUUAGAUUGAUAGUAGCAAUGAGAAAAUGCCAGCAUUAAGUUAAAAUGUUACAAUAUAUGAUAUACAUAUUCAGUUUUCUUAUUACAAAAUCUAUAUUUAUAAUUAUAUCGUUCAUGGGUCUACUUUUCAACAUGAGCAACUCUUUUGUUUGAAAAGUUUAAAAAUUUAUUUUUUUAAAUGUAUUAUAGUUAAGCAUAACAUUUUAUUGUCAGACAACAUGCUGAUUGUAUUUGAUUGGUUUCAUUUGCGUUUCAAAUUUUUAUUUAAACUUUAAAAUGUAUUGCUAAGGUCAUGUAAAUAAGUGCAUAUCAGAGUCAACCUAAAUAAAAUGUACAUUGGGGACAGGCUGGGAUGGGAGAAAGUUGUAUUGGGGCUUUCAAAUGAUUUUGUUGAUUUUUUACUUACAUUUCCUCUCUCCUGUUUUUUGCAUAAAUCUCAUUAUGGCAGUUGGAGCUUUUACCUUUAUACACUCAAAUUAAUUAAAGGAAUACUCCACCCUGUGUUACUUAUCCCAUCUUUUUUGUAUUGAUGACCAAUAAAAAUUUUGAAUGGAA